AUGUAUGGAAAAAUCGAAGGGGCAUUAAAUAAAAAGAUUGCUGGGAAGUUCCAAGAGCUUCGACGAGAAUGUAUCGAGGAGGUAAAUGAUGAGUUCCGAGGUCUUACUUAUAAGGUUAUCAAAAGGAUCAACCUUCACACUUUUUUGCUAGUGGUUUCUAAACAGUGGGAGGCUCAGAUAGGACUUGCAUGGUAUUACCGGCUAGAGAUACUCAAAUACGAGGCAAAAAAAUUGGAGUUGAUUUCGCGUCCCAUAGUUACCUUAUUGGGGAAUCUUUCUAAAAGCAAAGAGCAGGUUAUUGUUGCUGAAGAAGCUUUCAGGAGAGCUCAGGAGUCCCACAGAGUUGCUUUGUUAAAAACUUGUGAUGAGCUGGACGGUAUUAUAAAAAAGUGCCUAGAACUGAAAUCUGCCUUAGCUGAAAGGAAUAUUAAAAAUGACGGGAGGCUGGUAACUACGCCGGCUGGAGACGCAGAUACUGGCGACCACUCAGUUCUGCAGUGGAAUAGCACGUGUUCGCCAAGCACUCUCUCGCAAGAUAAACAAGUUUCUUUAUUCGGAUCACCUUUUCCCAGUCAGGAGUCGCGAUAUGCAGAAGACGUCUUAUCUGUCAGGCCGUUGGUCUUCGAUGAGUCUAUCGUUGCUGGUUCUCCUGCUCCUAACUGCAAGUCGCCUCAAAACAUUUUUUCUCUGAAUCACGUCGAACCUAAUCAAAAGCAACGAGAAGUUAUUGGUCAUGACACACCAUCUAUAGCUUUGCCAGAAAUGCCGCAGCUUUAUUCUGCAACUUUACGGCGUCUUUUUGAAAAUAGUACUUCGGAAAACCCAACGAAGAAACUAAAUAAAUGCAUUAAAAGCAUAAACUCAUUUUCUAAGCUUGAGUACGACCGUUUAAAGCAGGACGUGCAGUCUUCGGUUGCUCCUGACCAAUUAGAUAAGGCUGUUAACAUGCUGAACAAUUAUUUGUCUUCUGAAAAGCAGGGUGUGAGUCACUUAUCGACCAGUGGUUUGAUGGCGAUUCUUUAUCCAGAUUUUACUUUGAAGCAAUGUGAUGCUCUUCACACUGCUCUUGCUUAUAGUGUAAAUAUUGUGCUCGAGGAUCUCGACAUCCUUAUUAAUGUUUGGCAGUUUGUUAUGGAGUUUUAUUAUAAUGUUUCUUCAGUAAAACGUGUCUCGUACUUCAAAGCUUUAGCUGGUUCACUCGAACGCGCGCCAUGUAUGCGGUUACUUUGCAUGAACAUAAGCGCUGGCGAGAAUGCAGCUUUAAUUUUUAGACAAGAAGAAAUUUGGUACAUGUGCAUUUUGGUGGCAAGUACCAUCCACUCUUGGAGUCACCCAUAG